AUGAAACAGCAAGAUUCAAAUAAUCUUUAAUCCACAAGCUUUUAUUGCUAGGUAUACUGUUCUUAUAAUGAAGGAACUAGUGUUUUUAUAAUAAUUUUUAUCUCUUCAAAUGUGUUUGAAUAUUUAAGAAAUGGUGCUUUUGCUUUAGGAAUUAUAAUUGUGAUGAUUAAUAAAGGAAUUACAAAGAAGGAAGAAUUUACCAAUUUAUUUUCGAGUACUAGGACACAAAGUCCGAGAAUAUAUGAGACUUAAGGCCUGAUGAUUGUUGAUCCGCAGAAUUUAAAUUGUAUAUACAUGAAUGAAUAUGUGAAAAGAAAAUUAGGUAAUUAGUAAUUAAUAAUAAAUAAAAUUGAUUCAAUAAGUAAAUAAAAAUUCGAUUAGAAAAUAAGAAAUAUUGAAUUGUUUGAAUUAUUAAAUGAAUUUAGUUUAAAAUAAUUAUAAUCCAUGUAAAUAUUGGAUUCAAAUAUAAUGUCUGACCAUAUUAUUGAAAUAACAAAAGAUGAAAAUCAAAAUAAAAUACAUAUUACAUUUUAGAAUAACAAAGAAAGAGAUGAUUACCUUAAGAAAACAUAUCUAUAUCAAAUACUGAAAUAAAUUUUUCAUACUAUCUCACAUGAAUUUGGAACUUCAUUAAAUUUUAUGUUAGCGAUAGCCUAAGUUGCAAUAGACAAAUAUCCAAAUCAAAAAUAUUAUUACUCUAUUCGAAACACAUGUGAAAUCAUGCAUUAUUUCGUACUAGAUAUGGUUGAUUACAAUGAUAUUUUGGGGAAUUAAUUCAAAUUGUAACUUGAAGAAUUAGAUCUCUAGACAAUUUUGGAGUCAGUUACUACACUGUUUUAGGAAUAAUGCAGGUAAAAAGACUUAUAAUUGAGUUUUGAAAAUCACAUUCCUGAGAGCUGGUAAAUAAUAUCUGAUCAAAGAAGGAUUAAGUAGAUUUUGAUCCAUUUAAUCUCAAAUGCCUAGAAAUUUACUUUGAGAGGUUCAAUUGUGAUAAAGGUAUUGGCCAUUAAGGAUGAUUUGAUACAAUUCUCAGUAACAGAUACAGGUAUUGGGAUAAGUUAAAAUGAUGAAUAAAACCUAAGGAAUAUGUUAGAGUAGGAUUUCAAAAAUGAAUAAUAAUUGUCAUCAAAUACAGCUGGUUUUGGAUUGGGUUGUUAUUUGGCGAAUAAACUAUGUUUGCAUUUGUCGAAUAAGCAGUUCAAACUUGAAUUCAAGAGGAAUGAAGUAGGAACAACAUUUUGGUUUUAAGUUCAAAAUAAUGUUUUACCUACUCAAAGUAUUGGGAGGAUCUUGGGGAUUUAAUAAAUCAAUAAGCAUUCAUAUAUCGAUUUGAAGUAAUCCUAAAUAGAGAGGGCAGUUGGAAAGAAGUUGAGCAGAGUGGCCAGUAAGCUAUCACUCAAUUCAAAAUCAAGAAUUAUGUCCUUCAGAUGUUUAAUUGAUCCUAUAAAGGAUUACACGGAAAGUGUGAUAAAUGAAGAAGUCAAUUCAAUAGAAAGAAAAGCCAGAACUUGUGUCUUGAAUAGGAAUAUCAAAAAGUCAAUGAAAUUUUUGAUAGUUGACGAUGAAAUCAUUAACAUUAUAGGAUUAAAAUUGAUUUUGAAAAGAAUGAACAUUGAUAUCGAUUAUGUGUUCAAUGGAGUGGAGUGUUUACGGUAGGUUGAAUAGAAGAGAUACAUUUAUUAAGGGAUCUUCAUGGAUAUCAAUAUGCCUUUGAUGGAUGGAUACGAAACUACUUAGAAAUUGAUUUCUCGUUAUGGAAAUUAAAUUAAGAUUAUUGCUUGUACUGCCUACACUGAUAGCGAAACUAAACAACGUUGUUAUGACAUUGGAAUGAGUUACUUCCUUAACAAGCCAGUGAACAUCGUAGAAUUAUAAAAAAUACUUAUAUAAUUUUAAUAAUGAUAUUGCUAAUAUUUGCAGACAUUUCAUCAAUCAUCUUAGAAUUUUGGGAAUGCCAAUAAAUUAUUGAAUAUGUCUUUCUGAGCAUAUCCUUGUUUAUUGAUGUAUUUCUUAUUGCUUUCUCCUUUAAGAAAUAGCAAAACUACUUAAUCAGAGUGUUACUAUUGAUUUAAGCCUUAAUCCUUUUUUCCUUAUUUAAAGAUCCAAAGCUUUUAGCAAUCAAUGCAAUAUAUCAAUGUCUAAUGAGGCACUUAAUAUAAUCUUCUAAUAUAAUAUUUAAUUGCCUGGAAUAUUCAUGUAUACCUUAAAUUUAAUUAGGCUUUUUGGUAUUGAUAGCCAUUUUGAGUGCAAAAUAUGAAUUAUUUGAUGUAAUGCGUACAGCUCUCUCUGCAAUUUUCUUAAUUGGAUAUUAAGUGAAAGAACAAGUUUCCUUAAAAUAAAAUUAACAGAAGGGAGUUGAAAACCAAACAGACUAAUUCCCAAUUUAGAUAGAAACAGAUACGAUUAUAACUUAGUAACAAUUAACAUCAAAUAAUCCAGAAAUUUUUCUAGAUGAUUUUCUUGGUAUUGUUCAAUCCAAUUAGAAAAUGAACGAUAUUUUGUAGCAAUUGAAUUAUGACGAUGUUACUAAGCUCUUGCAAGAAAUAUAAAUUACAAACAUUGAUUCUAAUUCUGAAAAGAAGAUAGGAAGAUAUAAAGAAGACUCAUUAUGGUUUUUAUUAAAAAGGAUAAUUAAUAAAAGAUUAGAAAUUUAUGUUUAAGUUUUGGAUUAUAAUCAUCCUGAAUUUCAAAAAUUUUUAAUUUUGAUACAUUACAAGAAUCAGUUUUAAAUUCAAUUCAUAUAAGUGAAUGAAAGAGACACUUUUACCAAAAAGAAAUAUCUCAGUCAAAUAUUAUACUAGUUAUUCAAAUCAUUUUCACAUGAAUUCGGAACAUUACUAAAUUAUCUCUUGGCACUAUCUUAAGUAGCAACAGAUCAAUUUCCAAAUCAAGUGGGGUUUUUCUAACCAAUAAAAUCGACAGGUCUAAUAAUGCAUCAUUUUGUUUAGGACAUGGUUGACUAUAGCGAUAUUUUAAAUAAGAAAUUCUAGUUGUAAUUCGCACCUCUCGAUGUGGAAGACUUACUCUAAGAAGUUAUCGGCUUUUAUAAACCAUAAAUUGAAGAGAAAGGUUUGAAAAUUAGUUAUUAAAUUAAUCUGGAAGACAAGUAAAAGUUUUUCGAUGGUCGAAGAUGCAAAUAAGUAUUGAGUAAUCUAAUUGCAAAUGCUUAAAAGUUUACAGUUUAAGGAGCAAUCCAAAUCACUGUUACUGAGUAAUAAGGUUUCACAAUAUUUUCAGUAGAAGAUACUGGAUUCGGAAUGAACUUAGAAUCAUUUGAAAAUCUAAAUCACAUCUUAGAAAGUGAGUUUAAAUCUGAACAAAAGAUUUCGCAACAUACUGCUGGAUUUGGUUUGGGCUGUUAUUUAUCAAAUUAAAUUGCUUUGAAAUUAUCAAACUUGUCUAUAUUAGCUGGUGGAGGAUUACAAUAUACUAGGUUAGAGAAAGGAAUUCGUGUUUCUUUUCGAGUCAAGAAUUAACCAUUUGAAAUUUUGUAUACAAGUUGCGACAUCUCCUCAAUGAAAUCUGGAAUAUUGUUUAAUGAAAAUGGAUAUUUCGAUUCUCGUUAAUCUAUCAUUGAUUUAUAACUUCCAAAUAAACAUAAAUCUACAGAAAACCAUUUGAUAUUGAAUAUGAAUAGAAAAUCUGCUUUAUUAUCAAUAUCAUUUUCUCCUAAUUAGAUAAAUUAUUAAGUUGAACAAGAAUUAAAUCAAGAAAAUGAAAUUUCUGAUAGAUUAAGGAAGUGUCAAUUUGUUAAAAGAAGAGAAACCUAAAAAAAGUCACCUACUUUUGGAGCUUCUACUAGUGAUGAUGUAAAGGAUAUCAAAAAUUUCAAAGAAUAAACGCAUAUCUUAAUUGUUGAUGAUGAGAUGAUUAAUAUUAUUAGUCUUAAGAUACUGCUUAGUCAAUUUAAUAUUAAAUGCACUUCUGCUUUUAAUGGAUUGGAAGCAUUAAAUAAAUUGAAAGAAUGUAAAAAAAUCGGAAUAUUUUUUAGCUAAUGAGCGAUUCGAUUUGAUAUUUAUGGAUGUCAAUAUGCCUAUAAUGGAUGGAUUUGAAACCACAGAAUAAAUAUUGAAACUUGAUGAUAAUUUACUCAUUGUAGCUUGUACUGCCUUUGCUGAUGUGGAGACCAAAGCUAAAUGCUAUUCUGUUGGAAUGAAGUACUACAUCAACAAACCAGUUACAAAAUUAGAACUCAUGAAAUUAUUGAAUCACUUAAAUUUAAUUAUAUAAUGAUUAAACAUAAAAAAUACGCCAUACUAGGGAUGUACAUACUGCAAAUCAUUUAUUCGACUCUAGAAUGCACUCGAGUCCCCAUCUUGAAACUCAUUUUGCUUUUAAUCAGCUUAGUUAUAAGCAUAUUUUAAAUAGUACUUUUCACAAAAUGUAAUAAAUUGAAUAUAUUUACUCAAUUCGCCAUCAAUAUUAUGAGUAUUUUUGCCAGACAGAGUGAUCAAUUUAUGAUACUAUAAUCCGUUGUAGGAUUUACAAUAUUUAUGCAAAUUGAUUAAAAAAGAUGGCAUAUAAAUAUUCUUGCUUGUUCAAGUAGUAUUGGAAAAUUAUCAUAGUCCAUGUAACCCUAAUCUGUAUAUAUUCAUAAAAUAAUGAAGUCCAAUCUUAUUUGAUGACCAUAUUCACGAUCAUGAUUCUCUCCUAUUUCUCUUGGGCUACCAAAGGAUAAAAACAACAAAAAGAGCAAAGCAAAGGGUCUUUGCUUACAUCUCGAGUGCCCAACACGUUGAAAUCCCUCGUUUCUUUGGAGGAUAUACAUUUUAUUGAAUAAAAAGCGAUUGUUCUUGAAAAUUCAACUAGCCUUGAGGUGAGAACCUUUGCCAAUGAACUCAGAGAAUUGUUAAUAAGGGACGAGGUUUUGGAAGACAAUUUAUUGGAUCACAUGAAAAUACUAAAGGUGGACAAACAAACCCAAAGAAACCUAAAUUAAAAAAUAAAGGGGAUUAGUAUGCGUUAGCUUAUAAAUAAAUGUUAAAUUUUACAGAAGACUGCAGAGAUAGUAAUAAUAAAAACUAAUUUCAUAUAAUUGGAGUAUUAUUAGAUAAAGUUGAAAUUUGAAAGAGAUGUGAUCAUGUUAAAGUUUGAAGAAAUCAAAGAGUUUGCCAAAUACAUAAAAAAGAAUUCAUGUUAUGCACUGAUGAAUAAAUUGUUUCAAUCAUUCAGUCAUGAAUUUGGGACAUUAUUGAAUCAGAUCGCAUUAAAUGCCUAGAAUGGUUUAGCCUAAUUUCCAUCUAUGAAGGAGCAAUUUGAUUCCAUUUAUAAUUGUGUAGUUAUGAUGAAUAACAUGGUCAAAGACUUAAAGGAUUUUCAUUAAUUACGCAGUAAAACGUUUCAACUCGAGAUUGUUGAUGUGAAUAUUGAUGACAUAUUUGCUGAGCUCUCAAGCUUAUUCAAAUAACAAGUAGCCUAAAAAAAGCUAUCCCUUUAUCUAGUGAAUCGAGUAAAAAUGACCUUCAAGUAAGAUGAAUAAAGAAUUAAAUAAAUACUGUAAAAUCUUAUAUAAAAUGCUAUCAAAUACACGAAUUAGGAUGGACACAUUUAUGUUACUGCAGAGAAGGAGGAUGACAAAAGAAUAAGGUUCUCUGUUUUGGAUUCAGGUAUUGGAAUAACUGAAAGUGUUGCUUCCAAUAUUGAGUAAAUGCUGGGUAAUGAUCUGAUUUUGACAUCAAAACUUUCAGAAGGGGCAGCUGGUUUAGGUUUAGGAUUGCUGAAUUCAAAUUAUUUAAUCAAACACUUGUCUUCCUUCCAAUAAGCACAUAAGGAAAACUUAUAAUUUAAAUCAAAGUUAGGAGAUGGCACUAAGUUUUGGUUUAAUAUUUGGAAAUAUCAAGUAUUGGAUUCAUCUGAAAGUUAAUUCGAAUCAAAGUCAAUAAAAAUGAUUGACAAGAAGGUCUUCCUCCAUUAGAAAUCCAACAUUGUACCUCCUCUUUCCUGCUUUGCCUAAAAUCCUAAAAGUUGUCCUUCAUAAAUCAGAAAACUGACUCCUAGCAGGUCUUGCCAAAAUAAGCAAUAACCUUAAAUAUUUUUUCCAUCUAACAUCAAAGAUGAGAAUAUUAGGAUAAUGGAAGAGGACGACAGAACCAUCUCAGACGAUCCUAAACCAAAUCAUUUACCAGGUUUAAAAGCGAGAUUACCGUCUAUGUGCUCCCCUUAAUGUUAAUAUGCUAAAUUACUUCUGGUCGAUGAUGAACCGGCUAACUUAUUCCCUCUAAAGAUUAUGAUUAAAAUGCUUGGUUUUGAUUGUGACAUAGCCUUAACUGGAUAUUAGGCUAUCCAAUUGGUGGAAUCAAGAUUAAAUUAAAAAUGUUAAUAUCAUUUAAUUUUAAUGGAUAUCAAUAUGCCCUAGAUGGAUGGAUUUGAAACUACAAGAUCAAUUAAAAAGAUUUAACCAGAAAUUGUAAUUGUAGCUUGUUCGGCAUUCAGUGA